AUGGCAGUGGAGGCUUCGUCUGAAGGUGUCGCAGGGCUAACCGCCCGGUGGGCUGACUGGGCUUUGGAGGAAGAGGAAGCGGCGUUUGAGCCGGUAGGAGUCGACGAUGCUGUAGCAGUCACGGCUGAGACGAAGGGAGUGCAGGUCUGUGAUGGCGUUCUACCGGCGGACGUGGUCCUGGACUCAUUGGAUAUAUGGGUGCAGUUACACGAGCUGCUCAUGGGUUAUACAUCAGAUACUGUUUUGGAACAGCUCGGCAAUCAAAUUGGAACCUUUAUCAAGUGUGAUAAUCGGUUUGCGGGAGCGCCUUGGAAGACAUUCUACCGUAUUCGGGUGGCGGUUCCGGUUGAUAAACCGUUGCGGAGACGCAUGAGGUUGAUGAAGAGAGACAAGACUACCUGUUGGAUUUCUUUCAAGUAUGAGAGGCUGCAUAACUUUUGCUUCUUCUGCGGUUUAUUGGGACAUUCUCACAAAUUUUGUCUCAAGGCUAGGGAGGCGGCAAUGCCGAUUGAGCUUUAUCAUUAUGAUGCAUCUCUGCGUGUUGGGGGUGCGAGGAGUCCACGACCGAUUGGGGAGAGAUGGCUUGUACCGGCAGAGGGACCUAGCCCGUCGCUGGCUGUACCGGAAGUUGUUGCGGCAGACGUUAGUGCGACUUGGGUUCCUGAGGCCGAACCUGUUGUGGUGGCAGUGUCGAAGAGAAGAAGGGAAGGGUCGAAUGGUGGUACAAGGAGAUUGGGAAGGGAUGUGACCAUGUUGGAUGUCUCAAAAACCUUGCAGGUGGCGGGCACUGGUUCCUAG